CCAUUCCGUUUAUAAUCUGAAAGACAGUUUGUUCACCAACUCUUCAAGGAUUAGGUUUUCUGUGAUCAAUCGCAAAAAUGCGAGCUCUUGAGGAAAUUUCAAAACUCCCAAUUUCUGCAAUUACUCAAUUACAAAACCCUAAUUCCAAUUCUUCUUCAACUUUCCAACACGGUCCGGUUCUUGGCCCACAACUCUACAAUUGGCUAUUUCAGUGUCAUGGGUUCUUACACAACGUCUUUUUGAUUGUAUCUUCGCUUCUAUUUGUACUCUACUUGGCGUUUCAAGCCAAAAGGAGCUUCUUUAAAUUAUCCAAUGGGCGAUCCUCUAUUAUGAUUGCUUAUUAUGGCUGUCUUUGGAUUGUUAGCUUGCUCAAUCUGGCUUGGUGUUGCUUUCAGGCAUGGGAGUGCACUGCUGGGAAGGAAGUUCCAUGGAAUAUCUUAUCUUUGUUUACAACAUCUGGAAUGCUGUUUUUGGAAGUAAGCUUGCUGGCCUUUUUAUUCCAAGGGAAUUAUGCCAGUGGGUCGGAAGCCUUAACACGGACUUUUGUUGUCUCAGGACUCAUUUUAGGGUUGGAUAUACUUCUGAAGGCAAUUUACCUUUUCGGGUUCGGGGUCCCUCUUUUCAUUGACAGCUCUGAUCAUCCUCACCAUGUGAAAUGGGGUUUGUGGGUUGUCCAUAGGCUAGUGCUUACUGCAGUGUAUGGCCUCAUAUUGUUCAUGUACCACUCUAAGUGGAGAGAAAGAUUACCUGCAAGACCUGCAUUCUACAAGUAUAUCAUUAUCAUGUUUACCUUGAAUGCGAUGUCACUGUUUGCUUGCGGGCUUCUUGGGAAUGGAGCUAGUUUUGGAUUCUGGUUGUAUGGUGCCACAAUUGUUUGUUAUCAUGCCUUCUAUCUUCCUCUUAUCUACUUAACAUUCUUGGCGGACUUUUUCCAGGAGGAAGAUUUGCAUUUGGAGAAUGUAUAUUACUCAGAGAUGAAAGAUGCUGGAUUUUUUGAUGGAGACUGGGAAUGAUGCAGAAGCAACUUUUUGAAUCAUGAGACAAUCAGGUUAUUAGAGUCUGUAAAUAGAAGUAAGUAGAUCUUAAAGGCAAAAUGCCUGGAUUGAAGAGAUGCUUCAUUAACUUUGUAUGUACUUAUGUUGCUUUUGGCAAUCACAAAUCUUAUAAUGUAGAUUAGGUCUUGGAUGUCCUAUUAUAUAUCAUGGUGCCCGACUCUAUUAUUUGUGCUAUGCAUCAGUUCCGGGUCUCUCAGCUAUGGUUUUUAUUGAUUUUUCUAAAUGUGUAAUUACUAAUUAAUAAAUGAGGCUUGAAAAGUUCUUGAAAGCCUUAAAAUAGUAGGAGUCA